ACUACAAGAAAUAUUCAAAAUAUUCACAAGAUGGCAUUCAAUUAUCCAAAUGUUAGACGCGACGAAACUAAAUUCACUGAUUACAAGUCAGAAAAACGAGGCGUUGUGAGAGUACCAGACCCAUACCAUUGGUUAGAAACACCGCCAGCCCAAUCAAAGGAGAGCGCAGAGUUCGUAGAUGCUCAGAAUAAUUUAUUUAAUGCAUACAUGGAGGAUGUAAAGUACAAAGAGGAAUUCAAAACAGCUUUAACUCAAAAUAUGAGUUAUCCAAAAUUCAGUGCACCAUCUUUGAAAAAAAAUGGCAUCGCUUACUGGUCUGAAAAUGCUGGUCUGCAGCCACAUGCAGUCAUACGAUCAUCUAAGCAACUUAGUAGUAAUGAGAGCAACUUUAGCUACAGCUGCUUUUUCUAAAACUGCAAAGUACUUUGGUUAUGGUAUAUCAAGAUCUGGUAGUGACUGGUGCACUUUGUAUGUGCGGCCAAGUGAUUCACCAUUCACAGAAAAGAGUGGUUCACAUGAAACUGACAAGGAAAGAUUCUCUGACGAAAUAAGAUACGUUAAAUUUAGCAGUAUUGGGUGGUUAGGGGAUUCUGGUUUUUUUUAUCAACGUUAUGAUGUUACAGAAGGAGCCCAUGGUGCAGCCCACGAAGAUGUAGCUGGUUUAGAGACAGAUGCGAAUGAAAAUGCGAAACUGUAUUAUCACAAAGUCAAUACUCCACAAUCUGAAGACAAGCUCGUCCUUGAGGACCCACAAAAUCCGACACAUAUGUGGUCUGCUAGCACCACCGAUGAUGGUAGGUUCCUUGUCGUUACUGUGGCCAAAGAUACAAGUAGAAGGAAUUUACUUAAGGUGGCCGAUCUUAAUGAUUCACGCAACGCCGAAAUUUCGUCAAAUAUGUGCUGGCUAGAUAUAAUCAGCGAUUUCAAGCAUGAGUAUGAUGUCAUUGACAACGAUGACAGCAAACUUUAUAUCCACACGAAUGAGGAGGCAGACAACUACAAGAUCAAGACCUUUGAUAUCGCAUCUAACGUAUGGAGUGAGCUUGUAUCCGAAGAAGAUGGUGUUCUCGUUGAAGCUCAGAUCGUCAAUAGUGACAAGCUCGUCGCUGUAUAUACGCGCGACGUGAAAAGCGAGUUGAUUGUCAGAUCAUUACGUGAUGGUUCUCAUUUAUACAGACCUUUUGAUAAGUUUACUGGAUCUAUCAAUCAGGUCACUGGCGAACGUGAUCAUACCAAAAUUUAUCUUAGCACUACAUCCUACACUACUCCAGGAGAAGUUUUGUGUUUUGAUUUUGAAGAACUUGAAAAGCGCAAAUGCAUUGACCAAGCUUCCACGGUUUUCCGCUCAGCUGAGGUUAAUGGUUUAGAUCCUAAAGAAUUUACCACAGAACAGCAUUUCGCCCAGUCACCUGAUGGUACAAAGAUACCCGUAUUCAUCACCCGUCAUAAAGACACACCAAAGGAUGCACCAUUUUUCCUAUAUGGAUAUGGUGGUUUUUCUAUCAGUUUGCUCCCUUUCUUUUCGCCAUCUGCGCUCACAUUUGUCAAGCACUUUAGAGCAGGCCUAGCAGUUGCUAAUAUUCGAGGAGGUGGUGAGUAUGGUGAGAGGUGGCACCAAGCUGGUACAAAGGAGCGUAAACAAAAUUGUUUCGACGACUUCCUUGCAUCUGCUAACUAUCUGGUUGAUAACGGCUUUGCAAGGAAGGGUUCAAUCAUCGCCAACGGAGGUAGCAACGGAGGGCUUCUUGCUGCUGUAGUUGCUCAACAAGACAAGAUGGAUCUAAUUGGCGUGUCAAUAGUUGACGUCGGUGUGCUGGACAUGCUCAAAUUCCACCUUUGGACUAUCGGUCGUGCGUGGUGCUCCGACUAUGGAAAUGCUGAGGAAGCUAAUGACUUUGACUACCUAUACGAGUACUCUCCGUUACAUCAAGCUGCUCUGGCUCAGGAGAAAAUCUACCCUUCUAUGCUUCUCACUUCAGCCGCGCACGAUGACCGAGUUGUAAGCUGUCAUACUACAAAAAUGAUAGCACAAUUGCAACAUACUCAAUCAGAAAAGAUCAAGUUAGCAAGACUGGAAACCAAGGCUGGCCACGGUGCUGGUAAAUCAACAGAAAUGCGUAUAGCUGAAGCAACUGACAAAUACACAUUUGCUGCUCAUGAACUUGGAUUAAAAUGGUUUAACUAAGUAAUAAGCAUUCGCUGAAAUUUAUUUUUCUGUAAUACUAGACUUACAUGGUAGUUUAUCAGCCAUUACAACUGAUCAUGAGAUUUGUG